AUGGGGCUGCUUCAGUGCCUGACGGCUGCCUUCCUCCUCCUCCUCCUCCUGGGUUUGAGCACUGGCCAAUGGGUGGUGACCGUUCAGAAGGGGCCCCUCUACCGCACGGAGGGGUCCCACGUCACGCUGUGGUGCAAGGUGAGCGGCUACCAGGGCCCGUCGGAGCAGAACUUCCAGUGGUCCAUCUACCUGCCCUCGGCCCCUGAGCGGGAGGUGCAGAUCGUCAGCACCGUCGACCCCUCCUUCCCCUACGCCAUCUACACCCAGCGAGUGCGCAGCCGGGGCAUCUACGUGGAGCGGGUGCAGGGGGACGCCGUCCUGCUGCACAUCACCGAGCUGCAGGACCGGGACGCCGGGGAGUACGAGUGCCACACGCCCAACACCGACGAGAGGUACUUCGGGAGUUACAGCGCCAAGACGAAUCUCUCAGUGAUUGCAGACACCCUCUCGACUUCCAUGGCGCCCCAGGUCCUCACCCGUGCCGAAGGGGAUGCGGUGGAGCUCACCUGUGAGGUCUCCAAGUCCACUGCACAGCACACACAUCUCUCUGUUGGCUGGUACCGCCUUCAGGGAGCAGGAGAGCACCGCGCCGAGGAGGUCCUCACCCUCUCCAAGGACUUCGUCUUGAGGCCGGGGCCCUCUUAUGCACAGAGGUUUCUGGCGGGGGACGUGCGGCUGAACAAGGUUGGGAACACCACGUACACGCUCUCCAUUGGGGGAGUGCAGCCACCCGACCAGGGGCAGCUGUACUGCGAGGCGGCCGAGUGGAUUGAGGAUCCAGACGAGACGUGGAAGGACAUCUCCCGCAAGCAAACGGGGAGGACGUCGCUGGUGGUCAUGAGCCAGGACAGAGGCCUCUCCGUGGACAUCGCUGCUGUGGAAAGCUCCCUUUCUGAGGGUGAUACCUUGCAGCUGCGUUGCAUGGUGGGAGCCCAGAAGAGCAGCAGCAGGCACUUCCAAGUGCUUUGGCUCCUCAACAGCAUGGAAAUGGUCAGGGUUGACCCCCACGGGGUAUUGAUUUUGGAGGAAGAAUAUGAGGAGAGAGCCAAGCUGGGGCAGCUCCGAGCAUUCAAGCAAAGCAACACAGCUUAUGUCCUCACCAUCUGUGAGGUGGGGCUGAAGGACAACGGUACCUACCGCUGUUCUGUUUCGGAGGUGACAAGAGCGCAAAUGUGCCAUGGACUUUGGCAGAGCCGCCUGCGCCUGUCUGUGUCCAGCAGCACGCCCCAGGUCACGGCGGGAGACGCCGUGAUCCUCCUGUGUGAGGUGCGAGGAGCAGCCAGCCCUGUGUCCGUGGAGUGGUGGCACCUGCCCCCGCAGCACCCGGGUCCCCACGUGCUGGUGGCCGCCAUGGAGCAGGAUGGCACCCUGAGCCUGGGCAGCACCUACCGGGAUGAUGGGACUCGGGGAAGCCUCCGGCUGGAGAAAAUGAGCCCCAGCGCUUUCACCCUGGUGAUCCCCAACACGUUGGAUGAGAGUGACGGUGGGCAGUAUGGGUGCAAAGCGACGGAGUGGUCCCGAGGCCAGAGAUGGACAGAGGAAGGAGAGACAACAGUGACAGUCCGCUCCAUGGGUCUGGGUCUGCAUGCCACGUUGAGAAGCCGAAUUGCCACUGUUAGAUACGAGCAGAGUUUUGAACUCGUCUGCCAAGUGAGCGCCAGCUACACCCUUGAGAGGGUGCCGAUGUCUGUGACGUGGCUCUUCCAGCCCAGCCCGGCCACCAGCCACCACCAGGAGCUGGUCCGGCUCUUUCCAAACGGCACAGUGGCCUGGGGGGCAGCACAGCCACGCUUCCAGGGGAAAGCCCAGCUGGUGAAGGCUGCCACCUCCUUCAGGCUGCGCAUCCCCGGUGCCACCGCUGCCGACGAGGGGAUGUACCAGUGUGAGUUGGAGGUCUGGAGGAGGAACACCCCACCACUGGGGCAGCCAGCGGCCACCGCCAGGUCCAAUGCUGUGGGGAUAAAGGUGGUGCUGCCAGAAAGCAAGCUUCAGGUACCCACAAGAGAGAGCUCUGUGGAGGUUGCUGCCGGUGCUGAUGCAGCCGUUGAGUGCAGGUUCCUGUUUGCCCAGAAUGAUUCUCAGUUCGCUGUUACCUGGUACCUCCUGCCUCAUCCAGAAGAUGCAACCCCCUUGCAAAUCGUAAGGGCCGACUACAGCGGCAUACUGGAAUACGGGGCUGUGUUCAGCUCUCCUGCACAGAAGUCCCGGUUCCUGAACCAGAGGCUGUCCAGGAAUGUUUUCAGGCUGCGGAUACUCUCUGCAAACCCCAGGGACCAGGGCAGGUACUACUGUGUGGUAGAGGAAUGGCUCUGGCUGUCCAAGAGCUGGUACAAACUUGGAGAGAGCACGUCGGGAGGGACCACGCUGCAGUUCAAGCUCCCAGAGCGUGAGCUGCACCUGGAGAAAGCCAACCACAGCAUCUUGGCGAGGGAGGGCGAGGAGGUGACGCUGCACUGCCAGCUGCAGGAAGCCCUCGCGCCUGCCGCCCGCCUCUCCGCCACCUGGUUUUGGGAGCGAGACAGCAACCGCGCCAAGCCCCUGCUCACCCUCCACCACGAUGGUGCCAUCGAGUACCCACAGGAGAGCCUGGCAGGGAGGCUGCACCUCCGCCGGCACACUGCCGGCGACUUCAGCCUGACGCUGCGCAGGGUGGAGGAAGGCGAUGCUGGGCUCUAUCACUGCCAGGUGCAGGAGUGGCAGCAGCAGAGCGAGGGGAAGGACUGGGCUCUGCGAGCCUUUGCGCGCUCGGGGUACACCCAGCUCGCCACCACCCCACCAGAGUCAACUGUGGUGUCUAAGAUCUGCUCAUCUCCACCACUGCUGAACUUCAUCCUGUACUUACCACUGGUUCUGAUCCUUCUCCUGGCCCUUGCUGCGUUCUGCUGGUACUUCAGAUUUGGAAGAAACAAGAAGGGCAGCAUCACCGAAGACCAGCUGAUGGAGCUGCAAGGGCCUGGAGGGGUCAAGAAAACUUAG